ACUCUUGCCGGCUACACUUUGUCCAUUGAAGCGACUGAAGACGCCUACGGAGUUAAGCUGCCCAAAAAUAAAGAGAUUUUAGUCAAAGUGGAUGCUGACACGAGCGAAUACAUGCCAACCGGACUGGUUUCCGCCACCAAAUACGACGUCUUCAUCUGGGCUACCACCAAACCGGACCCUAAUGGCAACGGUGGUGGUGAUGGAGAAGUGGCAUUCUUGGUCUUCAACACAUUGCCAUUCUGUGAGUCGAACAGCCUGUACUGGUAUGGCCGAUUUUGUCUUUUUUUGGUAUGA